UUCAUCCACAGAAUGAGAAUAAAAAGAAUAGCAACUACCCAGUACGUUUAUUAUGAGGGUUAACAGGUUAGCAGUGCCUGGCACGUAGUAAGUAUUUAUAACCUUUGUUAUUGGUGUCAUUAUUAUUAUCCUCCUCUUGUUUUGUCCAUAGCAUCUCCAUUCUCCGGGUUCUUUAAGCCAGAAAACCUGCAGCUGCCUUCACCCCUGGGAAGGAUAUUCGCUGCCUCAUAUCUUGGAGUUUGCCUUCAGAAUGUCUGUUCCUCUUCCCAUGACUAGGCUCAGCUCUUCCUUCUCCCUUAGCUCCCAGGUCCCAUCUGUCACCAGGCUCAGUCAGGACUUCCAGUACACUGUCACACUCAUCUCCACUGUGAUUCUCCAUGACGUCUUCCCACCCCAGCCAUUACUUGCUUCUUUGUUUUGUAUACACAUUUCUGUGCGGUUUCUCUCCUGCUAUCCUUACACGCCAUUACACACUCCUCUGUCUUCAGUAGACCAUAAGCUCCUUGAAGAUAGGGACCAGGCUUACUCUUCCUGUUCUCUUAGCACCCAGCAAAGAGCCUCAAGUCAGGCAGGUGUUGUCAGGAAAUAUUCGGUGUUACUAUUUUCCUCUUCCUACCCUGUUAGGUGUCUGGGUAACUGUUAACAGUCUCCUCCUCGGCCUCCCAGGCUCUGUUUUCAACUGGCUGCAUCCUCUGUUGUUCUUCCUUAAAGCAUUAUAUGCCACUUCGUUGCUCAAACCCUAGGACAACAGCCUGUUGACUACCACGUUUUUUUGUUUUUGUUUUUUUGUUUUUUGUUUGCUUGGUUUUCAAGGCGCCCACCAAUCUCGCCCCUUCCCAAAUAUCCACACCUUGAUUUUUCCCAUGAAACCCAUUCCUACCCCAAAAAGAAAGAUAGUUUUGCAAGUGCAUCCUUCCCCGUUAGCUCUUGCUUCCUACCUAAAUUGGAAGAGUCCCCUAUGGAAAUCCUACCUGUCUUAUUUAGGAAUCCUCCUCUCACUGCCAGGGACUUCACUGGUUUUUCUUGGAUUCUAACUUUGUGUAGCAAAGACCUCAGCCUUUAGGUAUGUAGUCCUGGAUAACAGUCAUUCUGACUAUUAAGUUACGCUCUGUGAGAGCAGUCAUCGGGUAGGAUGCUUUGGGCUGUAAGGAAGAAAAAAAUCCAAUCCAGAUUGGUACAAUCAGUAAAGGCUCGUGUAACUGAAGCUUCUCCUAAGGCUGCCCUAAGGCCAAGCUCAACCGUCACCCAUCACCUGUCUUCUUUAGGUCUACCCCUUGUCUUCCUCUGGGAAGUUUCAGUGUCCCAGAAAGGCUGUCGGGAGCUCCCAGAACCACACACUUCCUUAUUACUUAUAGUAGGAAAGAGAGUCUAUAACCCAGGGUGUUCCCAGCAAAAGUCCGGAGCGCCCCGGGAACAUGUCUAUGCCUAGCCAGUCCCUGCAGCCAGGGGGACGGGAUGUGCUGAUUGACUUGUUCCACCUGUGGAGCUGGGGGUACCUUCAGCCUCUCCUAACCACUUGGGCCUCAAGUAGAGACAGGAACUGGUGGCACAGGGGAAUAGUAAUGUGGGAGAGACACCCCCGAAUGUCCCUAUGUGCUGUUUUGGUAUUCUCCACGGAACACUGCUGGGCACACAACGGUGCCCAAGGACUGACUGUCAGGUGCCUCAAAAUACCAGCCUCUCCCCUGGAUGUUCAUGAGAGCAGAAGCUAGGAUUCUGUUGCUCUGAUCCCCGCUGUCCUCUCCUGCCACCCCAAGUGGUCACCUCACCUCUGCUUCUCACAGAGUCCUGUCUGUUACAGACAGACGUGCCCACACCUUUGUUACUUUGUUUUAAACUAGGGACAAAUUCUAUGUGAGAGUCCCUAGUCCAGCCAGUGGCUCCCCCACCCGGCCUCCUGCUGUCUGAGGGUCAGCCCCCUCCCUCGCAAGGCUCCCCUGGGAACCCUGAGGGUUUCCCACUAUGGCUGGCUCUUCUGGGCAGUGGGCAAGCCUCGGCUUUUGGGAAUUGAAGCUACAAUGACCUUUCUCUCCAAUACCCUCCUCACCCCCUCUUCAAAGAGAAAGAUGGAGAAUAACACCCCUGCCCCUUCUCCCCGCACCUGCCUUCCAAGGCCCCCUGUCACUCCUCUGCACAUGCCCAGUACACUCAGCCCACAGUGUUCCCCUGGCUCACACCCAUGGCAACCUGCUUGGCAACCCAGAGUCAGUUGGGCUGAGGCCUGAGUUCAACUGUCAAAAGGGGCCGAGGCCGAGGUGGAGGAGGCUGGGCUGUGGGUAAGUCUGCCUGUGGGUUCAGACCUGUGGACUAGAGCAGGGCAGACCCUCAUGGGCUCUGCUGGGCAGGGGCAGCACGGUUGUGGGCCCCGAGUCACAGCUGCUGCCUCUAAGCAAGUAGGGAGCCCACAGCCCUGGGAUCUCGGCGGGCCUGGGGCUGAGUUGGUCCUACAGGUGACUGGGUCGGGACGGGAGUCUGGCUUGGGCUGGGGGUCAGUUUGUCAUCAGGGUUAGGAUUUGUGAAGCGAACUAUGGCCUUACCCUCAGGAAUCCCCUACACGGGAGGAGGGGGAGGAAAAACUAGCGUAUGCAUUGAGCUACGUACAUGCCAGGUGCUUUCCAUGUACUCUCUCCUGAGCGGUAACAAGCACACAGGUGAGGAGAGCACGCGGGCCGCAGGCUGUGAAGGGUUUAAAGCUGGCUUCUCUAAAAUCACAGCUCUUGCUCUCUCCUGAACUGAGGUUCCCGAGGACAUCCUGAGCGUCUGUGGGAGCGAGUGCGGCCCCGGAGAGGCCGCUGGGCCCUGGCCACUAACCGCUCACCUUGCCCAAGCCCAUGUCCUCUGCUGGGCUGUGGUGCUGCAACUCAGACAACCGGAGUGCUUGUUCUAGGUGGUGUCUCCGAAGGCCAUGGAAUCCUCCGCAGAGCCUGGGGGGCCUCUGCCCAAGUACUGCAGCGUGGCCACCACCCUGGAGGCCCCCGCCUGGGCCGGCGCUGCUCCUCCCUGGGGCCUGUCCUUCAGCUGCCCCUUUGCCCUCCAAGCACCCUGGCUCACCUGGCACAGCCCUCUCACCAGAUGUGCAUCAUAUCAACCGUGUCUCACCCCUGCUGACCCGGCCCGGCAGGGGCCCGGCAGGCUGCGGGGAGUUGGAGAUGCUGCUGGCACAUGGGUCCUGGCAAGAAGGGGACCUGAUGGCUUUUAUUACCGGGCGCAGAUAAAGACUGCUCCAGAGCUGGAGAGGCAGGGGGCUCUGCUUGUGGAAUUUGAGGCUCCCCUUGUCACGGGCCCAGAGCUGCCAACCCCACGGCAGAGUGUGGUCUUAGGAGAAGAUGUCAUCCAGUUCUCGCCCCCCGAGGAAUACUCACUGCAGCCUGGGGACAAAGUGCUGGCGCCCUGGGAGCUGGACAGACAGCAGUAUGGCCCUGCCACUGUUUUGGGCUUGGAGGCAAGAGGCCCCCAGAGAGCAUCCAAAGAAGAAAUCACUGUCCUCUUCUGGAACGGCAGGACAGCCACAGUGCCUCGGGGCGGGGCCUGGGGGGUGCCCCCUGCUGUCUGGAAGAAGGCUGUGGAGCGGCUGCACUGGCCUGUCACCAGCAGGCCUCCCACUACCCUCCUCUGGGCCCCUUGCUGCUCUCUGCUGGGGCCGGGCACUGGGUAUGUCACCCACGGGCUUCCACUGGGCACCCCGUUCCUGUGCCCUCCCUGCCACCCCCGCGCCUGCUGCCAGCUGCUGUGCCAGGGCUGUCCCGGCUGCUGCCCUUUGGCUGGACCCACCUGGUGGCCUCUCACCAGGACCUCGGGGGCCAAGGCCGGACAACAACCAGAGGCGGAGCUAAAGCCCAAGGUGCAGCCUCUGCCCCUAGAGGCUCCCAAAAAGGAGAAAGUGGCCGUGCAGGCUCCCAUGGCUGUUUCUUCCUCCUCCUCCUCCUCUGAAGAGGAUUUGGAGAAAGAUCUGGAGGCGGGCCUCCCUCAGAGGCUGGUGGUGGACAGCACAGUCAUCUCUGACCCCGUCCCUCCUGAGAAGACUCGGAGGAGGCAGGCGGGCCCGGGCCAGCCCGAGUGGAGGUAUUGGAGGAGGAACGGGCCUGAGCCGCUUCCUGGGAAGCCAGGCAAAAGAUGCCACAGCAUCCAGAAAGAAGAGAAGGGCCACAAGCAGCAGGGAGCACAAAUGGCAGUAGGGGGGAAUACCAAGGAGCUGGUCCUGGAAGCAACCAAUGCAAAGCCUCUACACACCCUGCCAGACACAGCGGAACACGGGAAACUGAGUCAGGGGACCACUGUGAUGCGUCAGAAACACCGAAUGCCUUCGACUAAAAGCCCUGAGGAUCUAGAAGAGGAUAUCUGAAGCUCUUCUCAUUAACCUGCCCAGGAAUCCCGUGGCCCAGGAUUGCAGUUUCAUCGGAAGAUCCCACGGUGGCAUCAGUCUUAUAUUUUGGACAUGUUCAUGGCUGUAAGUUCUCCAAGACUGGGGUUUGAAACAUUUCUGUUGAGCACUGUAAUGCUGAGUCACACAGGCAUCCAACAAUAUACAUCCAGCAGGAGCUCCCAGACCUGGGGUCUCCCACCUUGGGAAGCUGGGUGCAUAGCACAGGACAUGAGGAUACACACCUGGCCAUUCCCAAGGUCCGAGCACAAGUCCAGCUGUGACUUCCCUCUGUGAUAACGAUAGACGUGGGUUGCCCCUUCUUCUGGCACAGAUGAAUAAUAUUUCUGGAGAAGUAACAUGAAAGAUGUUGGGUAACCAAAUAGAUAAAUUUUCAAGAAACUGUUACUUGGGCAAAAUAUGGUUAAGAAGGGAGACAAAAGAGCAAAGAUAAGUUACCUGCCUGCUCGACAGGCCUCUGAGGUCAUCUAACAAAUCUUAGCCCAUGCAAAGUGGCUGCAGAGAAGGAAACUGCGUUUGGCAUCACUUUGCUGCCAUCUGCUGCCUCUGUUGGGCAAGAGCUCUGGCCAACUAAAGCUGGGCAGGGCCCUGCUCUCUGCCAGCUUAAAUAAUUUUCUUAUCUGCGCCCCCAUGUCAAAUACACAUGCCCUUUCACCUCCUCUCAUGACAAGUUCUAAUGAACAGUUCUGUGUUUAUUGUCUAAGUCUCAGACAAGGAUGAGGGAAGAGAGGAGUGCUGAGAUGUGGAAAUACAACAGGGAAUGUAACAUAAACCCAAGAGCAAUGCAGUCAGUUUUCCCCUGUGGAGGAAAGGAGGGUGAGGUCUCUAAUUUAAGGAGGAUAAUCCAAAGGAUCAGGAAGCCAUUACAUUUUUCUUGUCUACUUCCUUUCCCCCCUUGAAGUUAACCUUAGAUGUGCCCCUGAUUGUGACUAAUGAUGAGGACAUCACUGGCCUGCUUGUUUUGAACACAGUGUAGGGUCAGCGUUUAAGGCAUGAGCCCAAAAGAAUGAGAAGCAGGGGAAAGGGCUUCAAGACGUGGGUCUAAUGAGGUACCUUAGGGGCUGCUUCAACACUGUGAAGGCAAACUCAGAAUACUGUUCUGAAUUCUAUCUCGAAGAGCCAAAGGGUUCUGAGGCUCCAUUCCAUAACGGAUACUUGAACUGAAAACCACAAUGAAGAACACCAAUUUGCUAAACCUCAAACCAAAGACAAAUAUUAUUCCUUUUACUGAGCCAUGAACCCAAGUUUAAGUUGGUCACUUUACAGUAGAGCCCAAGUUAUGAAUUUUUCUAAAACCAUUUAACAGAAUAAGGACAUAAAAAUAUUCUCUGAACUAUAUCUCAUUGGCUGGAAUCCUGUUCUUGGGAGUCACAGGGAUUUUAUACAAGAUGUAGAAAGAUUAGUGAUUUUUUUGGAAUCUUAACAUAUUAAAUUGAAAAGCAGGACAGAAACAAGGUAUUCUCUUCCUUCUCCCUUUCAGACCAGCAUCCUUACAACCACAUUGGAAUCAUAAAGAAGUUAAGGGUGGAAGAGACCCAGCAUCUGUUGUAAUUCUCAGAUGAUAAAGACUGCCUUCCAUGCAGGUGAUUUCCUUGAAUGCUGGCUGGCCUGCCUCCACCAUUCCCUCAAAGUACUUAAAGAUGACGUUAGUAUAAUAUAUCUUUGAGAAGAGGGUCUUAAAAACCCUUGGUCCGCCAUUUCAAUGAAUGGUACCAAAAAUCCUAAGUCCCUCAUGCUACAGUUUAUGAAAUUUCUGAUGUUCAUCUCUCAGUGGAAACCAAGAAAGAAACUGUAAAGGCUGGCAAGGAUUUGAGAGACCAUUUUUUCCACGGGGAAGGGAAGGGUGAGAGCGACUAACUGGCCGAAGGCAUUAGUCAGUAUGUGGCAGAACCUGGAUAUGACUCCUGGGAGGCUGCUCCUGCCAUUAAGCCCCACCUCUUCCGAUGAGGGAGCUGCAUCUGUUCACAGAACCACCUUUGUGGCCAUCAAGCGAUACAGACCACAGGGGCCUACUUGACGACGACAUUACCAGGCACUUGAAACAGAGGUUAAAUUCCUAAUGUAGGGAUUUUGUUUCAAUACAUUUUGAAAACAGAGGCUCAGUUCCAGUUUAUAGUGACCCUACUGAUUUUUUUUAAGACUCCAUGUCAGUUAAAAGUAUUAAAAACGGCAAAUCGUUGGAUUUGAUUGUUUUAGAAUUCAGCAAAUAAGCUUUUCCCCUCCUACUAGUCUGAAACAAUAGUGAGAGCAGAGACCUUUUUUGACUUGUUCACCGCUGUAUCCUCAAUAACAAUUCCUGAAUUAGGCAUUCAAACAAAUAGUUGUUGAAUGAAUUCUAACAUGGAUUUACCGCCUGGUUUAAAUCCUUGAGUGAUUACAAUCCGCCCACAAAGACGGGGCAGUGUGAACUGGCAGUCUCCAGAUUCUCCCUAAAUUCCACGAAGACCCACUCUGUGAUCCAUCAGCAGGCAGAACGGGGCAUGGCCUCAGCUUACACCAACUUACCCCACACUGACUUGAAGUAUAGUCCAUGAACUCCGCCAUCGUUCUGAAAGAAGCACUGAGGGUUGGGCAUCUUUCUUCUCUCUGUGUGAAUAAAUGGCAAGUCACAGGUGAGGUCUGGUAUUCCCUCCAGGAGAGUCAAGUCAUUUAGGAAACAGCUUCCUUUUUACUUUGUGAAAGGCUUAGAAACUUUAAGUCAGGAAGAAGGAUCUUACUGAGAAAGAAUUCCAACUCCACAAGGAAUCCACUGACAUGCAAUUUACCCAGGACAAAGACUGGUUUGCGGGCUUUCUUCUAAUAUCAGAUGGUAGCAAGUAAAGAUUUUUUAAUAAAGUAACUAACCAGGGCUGA